CACUGACUGGCCUUGAUAGGUGGCACUGAUUGGCAGCACUGAUAGGUGGCACUGACUGGCAUUGAUAGGUGACACUGAAAGGCAGCUCAGAUAAGCACUGAUAUGUGGCAUUGAUGUGCACUGGUAGGCACUGAUAUGUGGCAUUUAUGUGGCACUGAUGGGCACUGGCAGGUGGCACUGAUGAGCAAUGACAGGUGGCACUGCUGGGGCUACACUGGUCAUCAGGGCACACUGAUCAUCAGUGCCCUGAUGAUCACUGUCAGCGUGACAGGUCGUGAGGAGAGAAAUGCCAAUAACCGGCAUUUCCCUAUUUACAUGAGAUCAGCUGUGAUUGGACACAGCUGAUUACAU